AGGAAGCGGGGCACUGCGCAGGUGCGGCCGGGAGGCGGCGGGAAUGGCGUCCGUGGUGCUGAGCGAGGCGGAGAAGCUGUACAUCGUGCAUGGAGUCCAGGAGGAYCUUCGUGUAGAUGGUCGUGGCUGUGAAGACUACAGAUGUGCAGAAGUAGAAACAGAUGUUGUAUCAAACACAAGUGGAUCUGCAAGAGUAAAGCUGGGAGAAACUGAUAUCUUGGUAGGCAUAAAAGCUGAAAUGGGGACACCAAAGUUGGAGAAACCAGAUGAAGGUUACCUGGAAUUUUUUGUUGACUGUUCUUCAAAUUCUCCUGAGUUGGAAGGCCGGGGAGGAGAAGAACUUGGCACAGAUAUAGCAAAUACACUGUACAGAGUAUUCAGCUGUGAAAAUAGCGUAGACUUGAAAUCCCUUUGUAUUAAUCCCAAAGAGCAUUGCUGGGUUCUCUAUGUGGAUGUAUUGUUAUUGGAAUGUGGUGGGAACAUCUUUGAUGCAAUCUCUAUCGCAGUGAAGGCAGCUCUCUUUAACACAAGAAUACCCAAAGUGCGUGUUCUGGAGGAUGAAGAAGGCACCAAAGAGAUUGAGCUGUCUGAUGACCCUUAUGAUUGUAUUCGACUCAAUGUAGAUGAGGUGCCCUGUAUUGUCACRCUAAGCAAAAUCGGAUAUAGGCAUGUGGUGGAUGCCACUCUYCAGGAAGAAGCCUGUUCUUUGGCAAGCCUGCUAAUUUCUGUGACCAGUAAAGGUGCCAUCACUUCUAUGAAGAAAGUGGGGAAAGGUAGCCUGGAUCCUGAGAGUAUUUUUGAAAUGAUGGAGACAGGACAAAGAGUAGGCAAGUCACUGCACAUAGCCCUGCAGAAGAUUUUGGAUGAAGAAGAGACUUUGGGGACCUCACGACCAAAAGUUGGGUUUCUAGGAUGAGUUUUUAUUAAAUGUUCAAAACUAUUUUUAAUUGAUUGUGCAAUCUUGUCAGUUUGUAUAUAAAGAAAAGGUUAUUUUUUUUUCUUUCAGCACAGUCAUCUUCCUGGCUAAGAGGUUUUCAGAAUGUUACUAAUUGUAAAGAAAGCUACAGUUAAAUUCAAAUAAGCAAAUUUGAGGUGCUUUCCAUACGGGUAACUGCUGACACCUAGGAAGUGCACCAGCUGCAAUUGAUGCUGUUGGAAGCACUUGGAAGUGCUUGAGUCUGUUUUCCAGCGUGACUAGUGUACUUUCCACUUAAUUCUGUUUGCAUGUGUUUCAUUUCUGUAUACCAGCUGCUAUGUUCUAGAAUGUAUAUGGGGUUGUCUUCAGUGCAGCACAAAUGAGAACAGCACUAGGUGGAAAUCUUCUUUCAAGUUACUUUUCUAUUCUUGAAUAAAAUGUGGUUAGAUUUUGCUAUAAAUACAACAUGGUACCAAGUUCCCAAUUCAUAUUUCAAACCAAGAUUUGUCUACAACUGCCUCACAAGGGGAAGCAAUGGGGCAGGCACUGAACUAUUCUCUCUGGUGACUAGUGACACGACUCAAGGGAACAGCAUGAAACUGUGCCAGGGGAGGUUUAGGAGGUUGGAUAUCAGGAAAAGUUUCUGCACCCAGAGGGUGGCUGGGCACUGGAACAGGCUUUCCCAGGAAGUGGUCACAGCACCAAGCCUGACAAAGUUCAAGAAGUGUUUGGACAAUGCUGUCCAAUACAUUGGACAAUGUAUGUCACACCAGAGCAUAGAUGUGACUCUUGGGGUGUCCUGUGCAGGGUCAGGAGUUGGGCUUUGAUGAUUCCUGUGAGUUCCUUCCAUCUCAACAUUCUGUGAUUUUCUUGCUCCCUAGAGCUCUACCUAUCCCUCUUGCCAACRGCUACAAUAGUAGCCUAGACAAAACUUCUCAGGGUGGCUAAGGAGAAGGGACAUGGCUAAGGUAAAUGGGAAAAGAAGUUAAUCUUUAAGAGUUUGAUAAUUCAGCUGGAAGAGCAUAGUGGCUGUCAGUAAUGAUCCUUAACAGGGAAGAGCAGAGGAUGGCAGAUGGCAUGGAAACAAGUUGCAUCACCCAAUGUCGAAAGCAGUGGAUUCCCUCCCUACAUCAGUUGGUUGUCUCAGCAAAGUGUAAGAACUGUUUAUUUGGCAAGACAGGAAGAGACACUGAUGGAAAAAGUCAAAGGAAGCUGAUUUUUAAGGUAAUAUUUCAUCUGCAAGUGUUAAGGAUUGUUUGAAACAACCCUUGUGGCAGAAGUUACUACAAAAUCCAGAAGUAAUUUGGCUCUUACUUAAGCAACAUUUUCUGAAUUUUCUGUUUCAAUUUUAUAAUAUCAGAUUAAGAAUAUUCUCUUGACUGUAACAUGUUUGAUGGGGAAAAGGGAAGGAAGGAUUUUGCUGAAGGAGGGCUGUAGAUAMAGGACAGAACAUAUUACAGCUGAAACUAAUAAUCAUGAUCACAUUAAAAUAUGUGGAGUAUUUAAAGUCCCCGCAUCUUUUCAGUUCUUUUGCUAGAUCUCAUAUACAAAGUUAAUUCAAGGUGACUGCAACAGUACUGUGUAUUUCAGCUAUGUGUAGCCACUGCUAUAA